AGAAGAAGUCUGACUCCUCCUAUCGCACUCUUGCCAUCCCUCGCAAUGGCGCUUCCAAAGAGUAUGCGGGUGCUCGCCGCACUUACUCUGUGUAUUUUCUUCUAUAUGGUCCUUCAAAUCUUCAAGACACCUGCCGAGCUACACCCCCCGUCUCCACCAGCGACGAAGCUCCAGGAAUGGGACCACGACCCGCAAUUAGAUCCGUCUGGAGAACCCCCAGAACCCUUACGGCGAGUCGAGGGUGACAACUAUGAACCCAACAACGCCAACAGCGCUCGCAUCAACGCUACGAUCCUCAGCCUGGUACGCAACUCGGAAGUAGAAGACUUGCUAAAGAGCAUGCGCGACCUCGAGCGGACAUGGAAUCACAAGUUCAAUUAUCCGUGGACAUUCUUCAACGACGAGCCGUUCACAGACGAGUUCAAGAAGAAGACUCGUGCGGCGACCAAGGCGGAGGUGCGGUAUGAGCUCGUCCCCAAGGAGCACUGGGACAUCCCGUCCUGGAUCAACAUGGACCUCUUCCACGAAUCCGUCUCCCUUCUAGAAGAGCAAAAAGUGCAGUACAUGGCCAAAGUCUCCUACCACCAAAUGUGCCGGUGGAACAGCGGCAUGUUCUCUGAGCACCCCUCCCUCGCAAACGUGCAAUACUACUGGCGGGUUGAGCCCAACGUGCAUUUCUUCUGCGACAUCGACUACGACGUCUUCCGGUGGAUGCAAGACCACAACAAAACCUACGGCUUCAAUAUCAACAUUUUCGAUUCUCCCGAGAGCGUCGCAACACUCUGGCCUGAGACCCAGAAGUUCGUCGAGGAUCAUAAGGAUUAUGUGCAUCCGAAUAACGCAAGAGAGUGGUUAGAGGAUAGUCAGAAGCGGCCGGAGAAUCAUCAGAAAGCAAACGGAUACUCGACGUGCCAUUUCUGGUCGAACUUCGAGAUCGGAGACUUGAGUUUCUGGCGGAGUAAGAAGUACAGAGAUUACUUCGACCAUCUGGAUCGCGCAGGCGGCUUCUUCUAUGAGCGCUGGGGGGAUGCGCCAGUGCAUAGCGUUGCCCUGGGGUUGUUUGAGGACAGAAGCAAGAUCCAUUGGUUCCGAGACAUCGGCUACCAACACAUUCCCUUCUUCAACUGUCCCAACAGCCCCAAAUGCUCCGGCUGCGUCACCGGCCGCUUCACCGACGGCGAAAAAUGGCUGAACAGGGAAGACUGUCGUCCGCUGUGGUUUAAAUACGUCGGCAUGGAUUAGCCGACCUCCCCUCAAUCUGAUAUCAAAAUGAAUGGUUAGUAGCCAGCGCUGCGGGCGUCUUUGGGGCUGGCUACCUCGCGGGUCGGCGAGUCGCGAGCAAGAGAAGGAAAAGCGGGUGUAAAUGCAUGCUUCACUUCUCCUGCACAUUUUAUCUGCACUGACGCGAGAUGAAUUGGAACUGGCUUGUAUAGAUCUGGGUCCAGAAACGCAU